AAGCAAUAUUUAUUUAUUUGUUUGUUUGUUUGUUUGUUUGUUUGUUUGUUUGUUUGUUUGGGCGUGAUCACUGCCCAUAGUAGGUCAAAUGCCGUCCUGCACAAGGUAACCUGUGCUCUGAAUAAAGUGGUACACUUUUUGGGGAAAAUACCCAUCCCUUUUAGUUGGCUUUUGAGAUGUAUGGACAGUUUGGUUAAAUUCCACAGUUAAAUGUUACGAACCACAAUCGAUUUUAGUGAUCCUUAGUAAUCACACUUACAGUAGUCUUUCGAUUUUCCAGGCGCAUACGAACGCCCCACACGGAUAUGAGUCACGACAUCCGGAAGUAAACAUCUCCCAGCUGACGUGGGCGCAGUGUUCUUUCUAGACCGACUUCGUGCGCUGGAAUCGAAGAUAAUUACAAUCAAUUUUAAAUUCAUAUCAUUGGUUAGUAGCCUUUGUUCAUCCUACACAUUAUUUACAGGGGGGGGCGUUAAAUGGCCUAAACCGACGUGGGCCCCGGGCAUAAAUAAUUUUGUGAAGAGGCUCCGUAAAACGCACGACUCUGAAGGAAAAUGGCCGAAGUCGACGAGACCAGCAAGCCGUUCGCGGGGCUGUCGGACGUGUCCAUCUCCGAGGACAUACCCGUCGAGGGGGACAUCUCGGUCCCCGUCGGCUCGGUCAGACAGGAGGACGAAUUCUCCACUCUCGACGAGCCCGUGAAAGAGACCAUCCUGCGGGACCUGAGGGCGGUGGGCACCAAAUUCGUCCAUGUCAUGUAUCCCAAGAAGAGCUCGGCUCUCCUCCGAGACUGGGACCUGUGGGGCCCGCUCCUGCUCUGCGUUACCCUGGCGCUGCUGCUGCAGGGCGGCUCGGCUGACAGCAAAGACGACGGGGGCCCACAGUUCGCGGAGGUGUUCGUCAUCAUCUGGUUCGGGUCCGUCGUCAUCACCCUCAACUCCAAGCUGCUCGGCGGCACCAUAUCCUUCUUCCAGAGCUUGUGUGUGCUCGGCUACUGCGUGAUGCCGUUGACCGUGGCGAUGGUGGUCUGUCGGGUGGUGCUGCUCAGUGGCUCCGGGACGGCGAGCUUCGUGGUGCGGCUGGUCGUGGUGACGGCGUCGUUUGGGUGGUCCACUUUCGCCUCCACGGCUUUCCUGGCGGACAGCCAGCCUCCAAAUCGCAAAGCUCUGGUCGUCUAUCCCAUUUUUCUCUUUUACUUUGUGAUAGGCUGGAUGAUCCUCACCUUCGCGCCGUCUCAGUAAACUGCGCCGGUGUUUACUGGCGAGCUGAGACGAUCUGGACCGCAGCCACACGCGAUCAGCAAGCUUAUUCCGGAUUGAGAGAUCGCAGGUGAACCCCAUUGAAGUCCUUUUUUUUUUAAAUUUAGAUGAAUAAGAUUGUCUGGACUACUGAUCUGACCAGAGCGUUAUAUAUUUUGUGGUGUGUAGGGGCCUCUGAAACGUCACGUAGGCCAGACGACUUGACAGGAAGGAAAAAAAAAAUCAGCAGAGGCAAACUUAACUCAUUUUUGUGAGUUAGACCCGGUGUGUGUACACUGUUACCCUUUAUUGCUUAAUUAACUGUUCCUUGGUGAUCCAGCAUGGUCUGAUGGAAUUUAUGAACUAUUUCAGAAAGCAUGUGAAUAGAAAUGUUCUGUGAAUGUAUAGAAGCAGCUGUCUUCCUCUGGGCAGCGCAGAGCAAGUCCCCACAUUGCUCUCUUGUGUUCAAGUUAAGUAAUCUUGUGUAUUUAGAGUCAGAGUCUAUUGACGGCGUGCAGGACUUUGUGUUGGUGGUAUUGGUAAAGAGGCAUCUUGACAAAUUGCCAUGAUAACAUCCUCAAUAAUUCAGGUGAUAAAAAUCUCAGAAAAGUUGGGAGUCAGUUCGUCUGGACACAAUGUUUAGUGGGAGAAACAUGAUUCAACUUUUCUGGGGCCUUAGCAAGUUGGUUUCUCGGUGAGUUUUAAUACAAACCCAGCUGCUGUUGUACACUUCUGUCCUGACAGUUCAGUGUUCAGACUUAUAUUUUGGCUGGCUGAUUUGUCAUGUAACUACACUUGAUUAUUUUUUUUUUUAGUUAUUUUCUGUUUGUUAUGAUCUCUUCCCUUUUUAAUGAUUGCAUCUAGGUAACACGUGCUCACUAACUGUUCUUUUAGGCUCUCCUUUCUCAAGCCUUUUGCUGAGCUAAUAAACACUAUCAAAUGCAAAAAAAUGAAAAUAAAAUAAUUAUUGGUUAGAGGUUAUA